AUGGAUAGACACGGAUUGAAAAGAAGGUAUGAAAAUACUGAGUUAAGUGAUGGAAGAGAGAAUCAUGGACCCAAUGGGCCUGAUGACGUUAAAGGGCUCAAGUCGAUGGCUGAACAGAAAAUGUUAACGCCAAAGCAACGUUCACAACUUCAGUGGCUGGUUAGUGAUUUAGAGAUAUGGGAAGAAGAUGUUAAACGUUAUGGAUGGGAAAACCUUAGUGCUGAUGAAAGAGAGAAGAUAACUCUUAAGCGGAAGUUGUUCAAGCUAUUGAACGAAACGGACAAGUACCGUAGUACAGAAGAAGAAGGUGUUAAUAAACUGGAUUCACAAAGAGAUAAUAUUACUAAAAGACCCACAUCGAAGGCUAAGCUUCGAGAGCAUAACGACAGGAUGAGAUGGGAAGAAGAACAAUUGAAAAAAAGUGUCAUUGGACAUGACGUUGAUGAAAUCAAAGUGCGUGACUCAGAUAAAUAUGACUUUGUUUUUGAUCCCGAAUCUAUGAUAGACUUCACCGAAGAUUCAGUUGAUGUGUUGGAACCAAAAGAGGAAGAUGAGGAACAAAACAAAUUGCUGGAAGUUUUAGAUCAAGAGAUCCAAAAAGUAGAUCAAAGUAAACAAUCGAGGAAAUUACUACCUGUUUAUAAAUACAGGGACGAAUUGUUAAAAAGUAUAAGAGAACAUCAGGUUUUAAUUAUUAUUGGUGAAACAGGUUCAGGUAAGACAACACAACUCCCUCAGUUUUUAGUCGAAGAUGGUUAUGUCAAAGAUGGGAAAGCGGUAGCGUGCACACAACCUCGUAGAGUUGCCGCAACAAGUGUGGCGGCUAGAGUUGCGGAUGAGAUGGAAAAAGUUCUUGGUAAAGAGGUCGGUUACAGUAUUAGAUUUGAUGACAAGACAACACCGGGAAAAACUAUCCUAAAGUACAUGACAGAUGGUAUGCUUUUACGAGAAUUUUUGAACGAUCCACAGCUUUCUGGUUACAGUGCGAUAAUGAUAGACGAAGCACACGAACGUACUUUAGCGACAGAUAUUUUACUAGGACUACUGAGAGGAAUUAUACAGGAGCGAAAGGAUCUUAGACUUAUAAUUUCUAGUGCAACUAUGAAUGCUACCAAGUUCUCGAAGUUUUUCUUUGACUGUCCCAUCUUUAAUGUUCCAGGUAGGAAAUAUCCUGUAGAUAUUCACUAUACCCUUCAACCGGAAGGAAAUUAUAUCAAUGCUGCAAUUACCACUGUUUUCCAAAUCCAUACUACACAAAGACUACCAGGUGAUAUCUUAGUAUUUUUAACGGGCCAAGAGGAAAUUGAGUCUAUGAAAGCCAAACUUCUAGAAAUUCUCUCAAAGUUGGACAAUACAAAAUUUCCGGAUCUUUUGAUUGUUCCAAUAUACGCUAAUCUACCGCAAGAGCAACAGGCCAAGAUUUUUGAACCCACUCCAAAAAACUGUAGGAAGGUAGUGCUUGCCACAAAUAUAGCGGAAACAUCUCUUACAAUCAAUGGAAUCAAAUACGUGGUUGAUCCAGGUUUUGUUAAAGAGCAAUCUUACUCUGGUGGUAUUUCAAAGUUAGUUACUGUUCCAUGUUCGAGAGCCUCUGUCGAUCAGAGGGCAGGUAGAGCGGGGAGAUUGGGCCCAGGUAAAUGUUUCAGGCUAUUUACCAAAUGGUCCUACUACAAUGAGCUACCGAGGUCCCCGACCCCCGAAAUCUUAAGAACAAAGUUAAAUCAAGUUGUAUUAUUGUUGUUGUCAUUGGGUAUCAAUGACUUAAUCCACUUUCCCAUGCUAGAUAAACCAAACACGAGACAACUAAGCGAAGCGUUAGAGAAUUUAUAUGCGAUAGGCGCCUUAAACAGCAAAGGUUUAAUUACCAAAGUUGGAAAGCUAAUGUGUGAUUUCCCCUGUGAACCGGAGUUCGCUAAAGUAAUUUAUUCCAGUGCUUUUGGGGAAAACUGUAAAGGAGUUCUUCCUCAAACUGUCACCAUUGUGUCAAUGCUCCAAGAGAGUAACUCGAUUUUCUUACCAGGUCUAAAUCACGAAGAGAAAUCGAAGCUAUUUGGAUCAUUAAUGCAAUCUAGUGACCAUAUGUUGUAUUUAUGGAUUUUUGAACAGUGGGAAGAGAAUGGAUAUUCUAUGCGUUGGUGUCAAGAUUACAAAUUGCAAUACAAGAGUAUGAAGCGGGUAUUGAGCAUUAGAAAGCAAUUGUGGAACUAUUGCGAGAAGCUUGGUUUUGCUAAAGCACACGAGGAGUACGCACAUAUAUCGAAAAACUUGAAUGCAUCUGCCAUCGAAGCAAACAUCAUAAAAUGUUUCAUCUCGGGGUUCCCAACCAAUAUAGCCAAACUUUCCAAACAAGGAUAUACAAAUGUUAAACACGACUUACCGGUUAGCAUACAUCCAUCUAGUGUGAUAUUCAACCGUAUGAAACUGGAGGGUAAACCCAAAAAGUUUAUCUUAUAUCAAACGCUUAUGCUUACUAGCAAAGAAUUCAUCAGAGAUUGUGUCACGUUCGACAAAUACGAGUGGCUACAAGAAACUAUGCCACAUUUGUACAAGUAG